GGAAGUGUGAGAGAGACUUUGUUAAUUUAACAGGAUAAUCUAAUAGUUAACGAUGAAUUGUUCGAAUGUUUUGUGGCACAGAACAAAUGCACAGUCUGCCUUUGUUAUAAGUUGAGCCCAGGGCACGGCGACUCAGACAGGCACUCAUCCUGAUAUGUCAUACCGAGCAUUCAGAAUUUGAACUUCACAACGCAAAGAUGCUGUAGUAAUGUGCUCCCUGAACUCUGAAAGUUUGCAUUUUGACUUGGUGCAUACAGUAUGUUACUUUGAAACUCAUCCUCUGUCACUCUGCACCCCCCACCCACCACCUCCAGGAGUCUCAGCCCGUCAUUCUGCUGUGAACAUGAAAGCCGUCCAUCAUGAAGGAUUCCGGAGCAGAAAGAAGUUCCUCCCUCUUUGAACACUAAAGCUUGUGAGUGACAGCACAUGUGCUGGGGUCCAUGGGAGGGCUGCUGCUGAAAUUCUAACCCCUUACCCCACCACUGUGAGACAUACCCCAGCCAUGGACAGGGAAAAUCUGUGAGCCACAGACGCUGAGAGAGGAAAAGAGGGAGAGACAGAGAGCCUGAAAGUACAAGAGAAAAGAGAAUUAACGAGGUUUUGGGACAGGUUUUAGGGUUGUAGAGUUUGGCCUAAUUGCAGAGCAGAGACACUCAGGAGCCCAACUCCAACUGGUGGAGCCUCAGAUCUUUCAGUCAUCGUUCUGUUCAUGUUGAGUGUCUGAGUGUAGGUGCUAAGGAUGGCAACACGGAUGUCGGUGGUGUGUGUGCUGGCUAGUCUGCUCUGUCAGGCGUGGAGCUCAGCAGAACCUCACCACAAUGAGGAAGAGCUGCAUCCUCAGGUUGUUUACCCAUGGAGAAAUCAAGGCAAAGGAGUGGUCAGGGUGAAGAGGGACUGGAUCAUCCCUCCAAUCAGAGUGCUGGAGAACAGCAAGCACGUUCCCGAGGAUCUCGUCCAGAUCAAAUCGGACAAAAUCUUCACAGGUGAGGUGAUCUACAAGUUAGAGGGACCGGGAGUGGACCAGGAGCCUAAGAAUCUGUUUGAGAUUGAUGAUAAAACAGGAGUCAUCAGGAGCAAGCGUCCGCUGGACAGGGAGAAAUACAACUCCUUCACGCUGAAAGCCUUUGCACUGUCCCCAAGUGGAGAGAGACUAGAAAAUCCUACCACCAUAGAAAUAGUGGUCCUGGAUCAGAACGACAACAGACCCGCCUUCACCCAGAGCCAGUUCAUUGGCACUGUCUCUGAGUUCUCAGUCCCAGGCACGUCGGUGAUGUCAGUGUCAGCCACUGAUGCAGAUGACCCAAUGACGGAAAAUGCAUAUCUGAGCUACUCUAUCAUUGGCCAGGAGAGCUUUCCUGCCAAUGCUGUUACCAAGACCAUGUUUGGUAUCAACAACCAGACAGGAGCCAUCUACACAAGAGACGUAGGCCUGGACCGAGAGGUGGUGAAGAGUUUCCGAUUAAAACUGCAGAUCGCAGAUAUGGGGGGCAUGGGGCUGACAAGUGAUGGUGUGGCAAUCAUACACGUAUCUGAUAUCAACAACCACGCCCCACGCUUCAGUCCUGCCUCGUACAGUGUGAUAGCGGUGGAGAACAGGAAGGACUAUGAGAUCGGCCGUGUGAAUGCGACAGACAGAGAUGAUCCUGGAACAGGAAACUGGGAGGCCAUAUACUUCAUUUCCAACGACCCUGAUGGCAACUUUGCCGUUAGUACAGAUCCUGCCACCAACCAGGGCAUCCUUACAGUGGUGAAGCCCUUGGAUUUUGAAGCACAGAGUGAGCACAUCCUGACUCUGACCGUGGAAAAUAUCAAUCCCUUGAGCAACAAGGCGCCCAACCUCCCAGUGAGCACUGCGUCCGUGGUGGUGACUGUUGUGAAUGAGAAUGAAGCUCCACAUUUCAGGGAGGACCCCAUACAGAUUGUUGUCCCUGAGUCUGUCGUUCCUGGGACUUUACUGAGAAGCAACAUCGCUUUUGACCCUGAUAAUUCUGACCUGAGGUAUGAGAUUAGCAGAGAUCCCGAGAGAUGGCUGGACAUCAACAGAGACACGGGAGACAUAACUGCCAAGAGAACCUUUAACAUGCGAUCUCCACAUGUUAAAAACAAUAUCUACACUGCUGUUGUCAAGGUUACAGAUGCUGGUGGUGUGUCAACCACUGCAACAGUGGCCAUCACACUGAAGGAGACCAAUGACUUCCCCCCUCAGCUCUUCCCUCUUAGUGGCUCAGUGUGUAAAGAUGCAGGCCGGACGAGUUCUGGUCUGGUUGUGACUGCUGUGGAUGAAGACCUUCCUCCACACGCUGCACCCUUCAAGUUUGAAAUGCCUGAUGAUCUGUCAGUCAAUUGGACUGUUAUCCAAGUCAACGAUACCCAUGCCAUGCUUCAGCCCCUUGUAGAGCUGGAGACAGGAGAGUAUGCGGUCACAGUGUUUGUGUCAGACUCUGGCAGCCCAGUUCUGAGCGCUUAUGCUCAGGUCAAUGUCACCGUGUGUCUCUGUGACUCCUUUGGAGAUUGUAAGUCUGAGGCGGUGGCUGUCCUAGGCUCCAGUGUGGGAAUCAGUUUCAUCGCUCUCAUUAUCAUCAUGGCCAGUAUUGCACUUCUGCUGUUGCUGCUGCUCCUGGCUGUGGCCGUGAGCACCUGUGGGAGACGCCACCAUAUCAAGAAAGGUACGGGUCUGCUCGUCGGAGAGUCCGAGGACGACAUCCGCGACAAUGUCUUCAACUACGAUGAGCAAGGAGGGGGUGAGGAGGAUGAGAACGCCUUUAACAUCGACCUGCUGUGGAAUCCUCAUGACGCACCUUCGAGCCCGGGCUCGUACUACCCACGAUGUGGUGCUCCUCGAGGUAAGCAGCCCCUCAGGAAGGAUGCCCCGCACAACCUGCCCUCACCCACCUACCCACGGAGGCCUCCUGCAGACCCCACUGACAUCGAGGACUACAUCAAUGAUGGCCUGGAGGCUGCAGAUAACGAUCCUAACGUGCCUCCAUACGACACAGCCCUGAUCUACGACUACGAGGGAGAGGGCUCACUGGCAGGCAGCCUCAGCUCCAUUGCUUCAGGCAGCUCUGAUGGAGACCAAGACUACGAUUACCUCAACGACUGGGGACCACGUUUUCAGAAACUGGCCAACAUGUAUGACCCACGUUAAGGUGGACAACACCCCGCAGGAAGAAGCCUUAGGGACACAGAUCGAGCUUCAGGUGUUUUUCUGGACUUAAGAAAAAAGGUUUUAGUCCAGGAUCAGAUAUGACAUGUGCUGAGCAAGAAGUGCUGUGCAAACCCAUGGGCCUUUAAUCUAAUGUGCCCUGGGUUUUAUUGAGGAUCAAUUGGACAUGACCGACAAAAUGGCUUGACUCUAAAAUCGUGUGUUGACAUAAUCAGACAUGAGCAAAGGAGCUGUGCAUGCUACAAGGCAAGCAGGAUGUGUUGAAGUGAUUGUCCACGUCAGGUUUUGUUUAUCCUCAGGUGAUAAUGCAUACAACAAGCCUGAAAUAUCAAAAGAUAUUGUAGCCUGUGUAAUUCUUUUUUUAUAUAAGUGAUUGUUUUAUAAGACAAAUUUACUUUGAUAUUGAUUUUGUUUGUUUUUUUCUGUUUUGAUCACAAAUCCUCCAUUCCAGCAAUCCGUUCACAAAAUAUCAGACAAAACAUACUAUACCACACAGUAUCCUGUAGUCUGUUUGGAGGCAAAGACUGAAUGAUGUUUUUUAAAUAUUUUAACUGAAUUUAGGUUUUACUUGUGCCUACACAAUAAAUGCAAAUCUUUUAUUUA